UCUCUUGAUGUAAAUGGUUCUUAAAUAUUAACAAAAUAUUAAAUAAUAAAUUAAGCCAAUUGAAAGUUGUCGGAUACGUUUGUUCAUAUGCGGCCACGUCACUUUGCUCUCUUUGCUUCUCUCUCUGUCUCUUUGUGCUGACAUUCUACGUAGAAGCUUGACGAGAAGGCGGUGAAGCCGAAAAGUUUUUUUUUAGCUCGUUGGCAGUAAAUGUACAUACAAAAGUGAAAAUUAAACAAAACUUUGAAAACGUGUGUACGAAGGAGCAAGAGUGAGAGGGAAAACUCGAGUGAACAUCGUAAUCAAGCUAAAAUAAAAACAUCGUCCAAUACGUAUCCGUUUCCAGAAUGAAUAUCUUUCGGUUUGCCGGAGACUUGUCGCAUGUGUUUGCCAUUAUAAUAUUAUUACUGAAAAUAUGGAAGACCCGGUCGUGUGCCGGCAUAUCUGGCAAGUCGCAGAUAUUGUUUGCAGUGGUCUAUCUGACACGUUACUUGGAUCUCUUUACGACAUACGUGAGCCUCUACAAUUCGGUGAUGAAGGUGCUCUUUCUGGCCACAUCUGGAGCAACAGUUUAUUUGAUGUAUGUGAAGUUUAAGGCGACCUAUGACCACAAUCACGAUUCAUUCCGCGUUGAAUUCCUGCUGAUACCCUGCGCACUGCUCUCCCUGGUUAUAAAUCAUGAGUUCACCGUUAUGGAGUUGCUUUGGACGUUUUCCAUUUAUUUGGAAUCGGUUGCCAUACUACCGCAACUGUUUCUGGUUAGCAAGACCGGAGAGGCUGAAUCUAUAACGAGUCACUAUCUGUUCGCUCUUGGCUCCUACCGUGCACUCUACUUGCUGAACUGGGUGUACCGUUUUAUGGUGGAGUCUCACUAUGACUUGAUUGCGAUCUUCGCUGGAAUCGUUCAGACCAUUCUGUAUUGCGAUUUCUUCUAUCUAUACAUUACCAAAGUGCUCAAAGGCAAGAAACUACAGCUGCCGGCAUAAGUGCAAAGAGACAGCGUCCACUAUUCCCUAAGCAUCGUCAUUUUAGAGGCAAUCAGAAGGAUGAGUUUAAUAUCAUAAGUCCAAAUACGAACGAUGCACAUGCAAGGAUCGCCGAGCAAAGCGUUAUUAUUAGUUCUUAUAUUAUAUAACUGAAGAUAUACAUGCAAGUACAUACAUAUAUAUUGAGAGAGAAGAUAAUUUUGUGUUGUAAAUUAGUUUAAUGAACAGUAAGGAUAUAAAAACCCACUUCGUCAUCAAUAUUGCAUUGCAAACCAACAACGACAAAAGGAAACAUAAAGAUAAACCAAGUAAAUCCACACAUACACAAUAUACAUUUGUUCUUAGUGGGUUAAGAUCAGUAAAUUUAAAAUGCAAUCUUCCCAAUUUUUAAGUUAAACAACCGAAUUCAUAAUAAUCACCCUAAAGAGUAAUAAACCAUAUCGGAAUAUAACUUCGAAAUGUCGAGGUUCAAUUAAUAAUUCAGUUCCCCUGUUUGGAAUCCAUACAGUUUUUAAAUUUCCCUCCCAAUGCUAUGUAUGAAUACCGCAUUUAUAUUACAGAUUAGAACUGAAUUUGCUGAUAUUUUGAUAUGAGGAUCGAUCUAAUGCCGAAUCUUGUUCAUUUAGCAGCAAUUUAUUUUUUCACCGAUAUUAAAAAUCAAAUUCUAUCAUUAUUCUCAGCAAUUCAUUUCAACUGAGUUGAAAAUAAAGCUCUAACAGAUUUAUAUCUUUAGAAAAGUAGAAUAACCUUCCAUUGAGGAAAGUGAAUGGAGCGCAGCGAUAUUCCGAAUUAACUUUUGUCAUAAACUAAAACUUUGGCUUAAAUAAAGAAUUUUUUACAUAAGUAAA